AUGUCCCAACAAGAAAAAAAAAAUUACCAAACCACCACUAGCAAAAGAGCUUCUGAAAUUUCUGAAAUUACUCCUGCUACCACCACUAGCAAUGAAACUACUCUUGCGCCUGUUACCACUAGCAAAUCGACCGUUACUUCAAAAUCAAAAGUUCAGCAUAUGAAAGAACAAUAUAAAAAUUUCAAGGUUCCAGAUUCCUAUUUAGAACAGCAAAAGGAUCUUCACCAUAAUUUAGACCUUUAUGAUGAUAAUCCAUCUUUGGAAACUGAAAAUCAUAAAUUACGUGCGAUAAUAGCCAAUUUGCGUAAUAAAAAUAUGAAGUUGGAGAAAACAAACGUAGAUAUUUCUAAGAAAUUAAAAAGCUUAAAAGAGGAUUUCAGUACGCUUAUGGAAAUUAACGAUGCAUUCGGUACAGAAAAUGAAAAAUUAAAAAGAAAAAUCAGAGCAAGUGAGAUCGAUGAUAUCGAAUCCAAGCAUCUUUCCAAAAAAGCUAAGGGCAAAAGAAGCGUAGUCCAAAUAAGUGAUGAUGACAAUAAAGAUGAAGAUGUUGAUGAUGACUUGAUGGAUUCCAAAUCAAAUGCAACUGAAGAAUCACCCGAAGAGCCUAACAAAAGAGAAGCAAGGAAAAAAUUGCGAAGGAUAAAGGCUGUGAAAGAUCUCUUUAAUAAAAAGAAUAGCCGAAUUACGAGUUAUGGAAAACAAGAUCUGUUAAAAAUUCUGGCAAAUCAUGCAUAUCAUUCACCGGAAGUGAGUGAAACUGAAGAUGAAGGUUCAAAAUCGGUCAUUAAUGUUUAUGAUCUAUCAUGGCGCUCAAAAGAGUUGAGAUUUUUAUUAAGAAAUGUUCUCAAUAAACAUUUAAGAGUGGGACAAACGGCGUAG